CGGAGUUCGGAGUGAAAGAUUCAGGCGUAUUUUUGGAUAGAGUUUCCCCACAGACCACUAUAAGAAGAUUCACAAGAUGCAGGCUUACUGCUGUUUGUUGUGGUGUACACCAACAUACACCCAGGACUGUCCAGGACACUGUCUCUCACGUCUGACCACUGUCAGCCAUGUGGUCCUCCCUCGAUGGAUGGACUCCUUCAGCCACACAACCGUUCGCCUGGGUACAUCUGUACCAUCGCCAAUGAAUUCACCAUCAAAAUUGACAUCCUUAGACGGACUGUCAGAAACCAACUGAAUACGCUUGUCAGUGACGUAUUUGACGGCGAUGCCAGUUACUUGGAGUGGCGUUAUCAACAGAGGAGACAUUUCCUACUCUGUGCUCCAAGUGACUCGUCUCGGCUGUCACCAAUGACGUCACUCUAUGACCGACUAGUUGGCCUUCACAUCUAUGUCAAUUUUACUGAAGGUUACCAGCAGUCCUGCUCUGUGACUAUUGAGGGUAUCGCUCAUCGUGUGUCCCUGGCGUUGUGUGACCUGCAUCUCAUGAUGAGAGUGACGUCCCAGACACAGGGCCACGACGACGUGUGUCGCAAACAAUGCUGCCUGGCCACCGGCGGGUGUGUGUCGUUCCAGAGACACGCUUACAAUGCUUUACGGUAUGCAUCAGAUGUCCUGGAAUCCAUAUGUCAGGAAGCUGGACUUUUGAAACAGGGUUGGGGGUGCUAGAUGCAAAUAUUCUGAAAUAUUG